AUGCAUCAAUCACUCAUUGGGAUCCUCUUCCUCCUCCUGUCAACGACAAUUGCUGCUUUUAUUGAGAUUGAUAUAAGAAGAAAGUUGGUAUGUUCACAACCGGAUGGGUCAUACGAAGGUCCACGAGAUUAUUGCUAUCAAUCAAAUGAUCAAACGUGUGAGUGUACUGGUGAUUGUACAAGUGGUUCUGGUUCGUCAUCAACUGAAUGUGUUUGUACACGCAGUGACUUGGUCUAUGCAAAAGAACAUGAUUUGGCAAAUUGUAGCAUUUGGACACAGGGACGAUGGGAAAAUUACGUUGAAUUCUCGAGGAGACGUGCCACAGUAUACCAUUCGGCUCCACCAGCUAGUAACACACCAGAUGGCCAAGGACUAUUGUUCCUAACACAUGAUCAAAAUUUAGCUUGGCCAAUCACAGCUGCUCAAGAAACUGGAAAUUUAUUACCACAUGGACCACACUGUUUAGAUAUGAUAGAAGAUUUCAAUCAACAAAUACUAGAACAUGGAAAAUUAAAAAACAUGGUUGAUGAAUCACAUUAUGAUCAUUGUCGUCGAUUAACACGACGCGUAUUGGCUUACUAUGAAGACGAACAACCGAAAUAUCACGUCACACCAAAAUCUCUAUGUAAUGAUAUAUUUCAGUUGUACGAUAAAAGUGGCAAGAAGAUUCCCAUCACCUCGCGCACAGUCACAUACACCGUGGCUUAUCAAAACAAACGACUGACUGUGAACAAUACUGAGAUUGAUGAUUUGGAACUGGCACACGGAAUCUACAAUGAGUUAUUGAAUGAAACGCAAAACAUGUCACAACAAAAGUUGUUUGAACGUAUAUCUGGACAGAAUUUAGGUGAUUUAUUAGUUAAAGAUUGGCUUGAACAAGAAUUAACAGCUGCUGAAAAAUCAUUUCUUCACGCUUGGGAAUCUGACCGUGUUGUUCGUAUUGCUGCAAUAAGUAUUUAUUGUAUACAGGGAGAAGGUAAACAAGCACCGAUUGACAAAAUUCGCAGCCUGUUAACUCUGGAAUGA